UCGCAUGAAACUCACAGAAGCAAUUAUGUCCGUCCCUCUUUUGUUAUAUCUGCUUCUUUUCAAGGAUCUAUUGUUUGUAAAAUGUGCGAAAAAUGAUGAUAAUUCUGCACAACAAACUAUAUAUCAAUCGCUGAACAUAAUUGCACAGUUUUCCCCACAGACAAAUUCAUGUUUUAGUCAUUUGGCGUAUGAUACACGCAGAAAUAUAUUAUACGCAGGAGCCACCAACAGGAUAUAUCAACUGGAUUUAAAUUUAAAAUUGAUUUAUGAAGCUAUCACAGGUCCUAAACUUGAUUCUCCUCAGUGUCAUGCCGGGGGAUGCAGCGCAGAUGAAAAUGAGACAUCUGAAACGAACAAUCACAAUAAGCUAUUAUUAUACAAUAACGUGGGUGAUACUCUUAUAGCAUGUGGAAGUGUUCACCAGGGAGCUUGUAACAUCUAUUAUCUCAGUGGACAGUUUCCAAAUUCCGUUAAAUAUAUGGAAGUGGCCUUAGCAGCAAACGAUGAAUUUUCGUCAACAUAUGCAUUUAUUGGACCAAGUAAAUAUCAAUCGUGGAAAAAAGAGGAUAUACUGUAUGUUGGAACAACGUUUACUAAUGUUGGUGAUUAUCGACAUGAUGUUCCCGCUAUUGCUUCGCGGAAGUUAGACGAUCUCAGUUAUGCCGAAUUCUCUAUUCAACAGUCCAACAUAAAUAUUGACGUGAAGUACCGCGAUCAUUUCAUAGUAAAUUACGUGUAUGGUUUCAACAGUUCAGAAUAUGCUUACUUCAUGGUGGUACAGAAAAAAUCUCAUUUGGCAGAUGAGGCUGGCUUUAUUACGAGGCUGGCUCGCAUUUGUGUCAACGAUCCCAACUACGAUAGCUAUACUGAGGUUACUAUAACUUGUCUAGCAGAAGGAGAAGAUUACAAUAUAUUGAGAGACGCAAAAAUUGCACAAGCUGGUUUGAAGUUAAGUCAAGAAUUUGGUAUAAAAAAAGAUGACUACGUUCUAUUGUCUGUUUUUUCACCAUCAAAAGAAAUUUCAAGCGAACCACAAAACAAUUCAGCGAUGUGUAUAUUUAGCUUGGUUGAAAUCGAAGAAGUGUUUAAUGAAAACAUACACUCUUGUUUUAAUGGCAGCAUUAAAGACAGAAAUUUGGGCUAUAUUUCUGGAACAAUCAAUGAUGGCAAAUGUCCAGUCGUUGGAUCAAUCGGAAAUAUUUUCAGUUUUUGCCAUGUUGGAUUAAAAAUUAGUGGCGUAACGCCUAUCAUUGCGCGAGCGCAUUUUAACUUUCCAAAUACAUCAAUAACUUCAGUUUCAACGACCACUGCUGGACCUCACAUAUUGGCUUUUUUAGGAACCGGAGACGGAUGGAUAAGAAAGGUACUGUUGUCUGGACCAUCUGCAGGAGAGUAUGAAAUAAUAGAAGUUGAUAAUGGUCAUAAAAUAUUACCAGAUUCAAUACUCUCCCCUAAAUCGAAUUAUAUGUUUGUUUUAUCAGAUAAAAGGGUGACAAAAAUAAAAAUUGAACAUUGUAGCACGUUUACCAAUUGCUCUAGUUGCCUAGAUUCUAGAGAUCCAUUUUGUGGAUGGUGUUCUCUUGAAAAACGAUGCACUAUCCGCAACGCGUGUCAAAAGGACACUAGUACUUCUCGCUGGCUUUCCAUCAGUACAGGGCAGCAAUGUAUUGAUUUUGAAACGGUUUCGCCAGACAAAAUUCCUAUUAAUCAGAUGACCACAGUGAAUCUUGUCAUUCGUACAUUGCCAGAAUUACCAUAUAAUUCAAAAUAUAAAUGUGUUUUCGGAAAUGCACCGCCAAUCGAAGCAAACGUUACUUUAGAUGGGUUAGUAUGCAGCACUCCUCCGAUAGACUUGCGCCCUAUGUUAAAUGCCAAUAGCGAUCACAUUCUAGUUCCUUUAAGUGUUAGAAGUUCUGAAACUAACAAAGAUUUUGUUUCUCGAAAUUUUGCGUUUUAUGAUUGUGCUCGGCAUACUACCUGUCUCAAAUGUCUCCGAAGUAAGUGGAAUUGUAACUGGUGCAUUUAUGACAAUAAAUGUGUUUACAAUACGUCAACAUGCCGCAGCUCGGGCAAUAGUGUGACUAUUGAAAAAAACUGUCCUCAUGUUAAACGACCAUUGCAACCAGUGCUACUUCCGAAUAAGGUUCCGAAAGAAAUCAAAUUGGAAAUAGAGAACUUGCCGAAACCACAAAGCGCUCACACUGGAUUUCUGUGUACUGUAAACAUUGAAGGAGCUCACAUGGUGCUACCGGCACGUGUUGAGUCUAACAAAUAUGUUGUGUGCGAGAAAACACUUAUAUACUAUUAACCUAACAACAGCUGUUUUUGCACAAAAAAUUAAAUACCGCUUAAUCGACGAUCUGGACCACUGUGCAAUGGUGUGAAGAGUGAAAAAAAACUUACAAACUUACAAAAAAAACUUUUUAUUUUAUUUAAAUGAUCAGUCCAAAUAGCGGUUUAAUAAAAAACAAUGACAAAUGUAAUGGACGAUUUCGAAGAAUGCUUAACAUUCUACAAAGCUUGGGAGGCAGCUAUAACUGCAAAUACUCCCAUUACUCAGGAAAAAUAUAAAAACUGUAAAGAAAGAGAGAUCGAGGUGAUAUUAAUAUUUGAAGUAAACGGACAAGUGGAAAAAAGAAAAACGCGUUUUGAGCGACAACCGGCGGUAGUAGAAAAUUUAACCAAAGAAUGGUACAAAUCGUGGAAACAACUCAACAUUAAACAGUGAAAAAAAAGAGACAAAGAGAAUGAAAUAAAAAAGGCAAGUGCAAUAACAAUAAAAAAAAAUGAAAGAUAUAAGUGAAGUUCCGGAAUUCCCCGACGAGCUGUGGGAAGAGCUACAAGUUCUAGACUAUGUAACAGCACAGCUCGCGGCGGAAAAGAAAAAAACAGGAAGAAAAUCAAAUAAACAAUAAAACAAUUGUAGUAAAUGAGCAAUAAAAACAACUAAGAAAAAGAAAAAACAAUCGUCAGCUGACAUAAACAGUGUUUAAAGGCAGUUAUACUAUACGGCAAAGCAAAGCAGUCACAUCUUUAACAACUUCAACAGAGCAGCAACAACGUGACAUCAUUUGGAACGCACCCACAACAUCAUCAACAAGUGGCAACAGAAGCAGCAUUGAUAACGAGAAAAAACAACAGUGGAAAAUCAACGCAGAAACAUCAACAGACGCAAAUCCG